GCCUGAAGUUUUUGUACAAAAAAAUAUAAAUUUUAUAUUUAGAAAUGAAAUGCUCUGCAUCUUUUAAUGCCCUCUGCGACGUGGGAACGCCGCGUCCGAACUUGCAGCGGUUAAUUCCCUAUGUCGAGCCGCAACAGGACGACGAGGAGGAUAUGGUAGUGUGGUGCCGGUCAAAUCUGGAUUUGGCCUGCUCGCUCAGCGAGAUGCGCAUACGCUGUCCAGAGCACUUCGAUGUCGCAACCGUCGUGGGGGUAAAUUCGCAUACCGGAAAACUAAUCACCCACUUUAAUCACCGGAAACUGGGGGAUGUGGACCUGGCGCCUCACGCGUUGCUUAGCCGGCGAGACAAGUUCAUGGACAUUUGCCAGAAACAAGUAAUGACGAGUCAGGGCUGCUUGGCGUCAGAGGGAACACCAAUCCCCGCCGACCUGGAGGUCACUUGGCAGAGUCAUAGCAUCAUUGACUGCCUUGCUCUCCGCAAGGUGCGUGCAGAGAUGAAUUUAGCUGAUCAGAAGGCGGCCAAGAAUCUUGUGGAUCGCGUUGAGGUGCACCACAAGACUUUGCAGACGGAGGAGGCGGAGCGAAGGAAAUUGAUUAUUGACAAGGCAAAUUCUGCGAGGAACUUGACUAUUGACAAGGCAAACUCUGCGAGGAUCUUGGCUAUUGACAAGGCAACCUCCGCUAGGAAAUUGACUAUUGACAACUCAACCUCCGCGGGGACAUUGACUAUAGACAAGGCAACCAACGCGAGGAAAUUGACUAUUGACAAGGGAACCUCCGCGAGGAAAUUGACUAUUGACAAGGCAACCUCCGCGAGGAAAUUGACUAUUGACAAGGCAACCUCCGCGAGGAAAAUGACUAUUGACAAGGCAAAAUCCACGAGGAACUUGACCAUUGACAAUGCAACCUCCGCGAGGAAAUUGACUAUUGAGAAGGCAACCUCCGCGAGGAAAAUGACUAUUGACAAGGCAAAAUCCACGAGGAACUUGACCAUUGACAAUGCAACCUCCGCGAGGAAAUUGACUAUUGAGAAGGCAACCUCCGCGAGACGUUUCUCUAGACCAAAAAGAUAUGUCAGCGGGUAUAUUUCCAAAAGAAAAUCGAUCGGAAAAACGGAGUCUUUGUCGCGCGGUGCAUACAUCCCCGAUCCUGAGCUCAACCGCGCGAUAGCCAAGUACGGUGUGUCUGCUAGUCAACCGUUCAAAAGACAGCAUUGCCUUGUGCUGGAGAAGCAUCCCGACAGAACCCAGAUCCCGAACUCCAGAACCAACACCAGUGGCUGUAAGUCCGACGGCUCUUCAACACCCAUUUGGAGAAGUGCUAGAACUGGUGCGGAUCAGAAUACGCAGGCAGAGAGUUCUGACUCUUUCAAUUCCUCCAAUUCCUUCGAGAGCUCCAGUCUGGCCAGCGAUUCUCAAGAAAACCACGAGCUGUCCACGGCGGCAGGUCUGACGGCGGCCUUUAUGCGGCGACACAUGCUAUUCCACCUCCUGGCCAGGAGGUUCAGAAGACGGUAUCUACGUUAGCCACGUCGUAGCUCGGGUCGUAUGUGCUGCGACAGCAAGUUCUCUAAAUUGUAUAGUGUAUAUGUAUGUAUGUUAGUAGCUGAAUCGCGAAGAAUUCCCGCGAAUUUCCAUAAAGUUCAAAGCAGUAUUUAAAUUUGCGGCUAUCGAUUACAACUAGCUAUAUCGCCGAUGUGCAAUGCUCUUGAACGCUAACCAACACUGUCAGUUUACCGCACACAUGCAAAUAGCAUUGUGCAUUGCAAAUAAAUUAUAUGUGUACACAUAUUUUUGUCAAUU